UAUAUUGUAAUUAAAAUAACUUCUUUCUUUCUUUCCUCGCCGAGGUCUUAAGUCUGAAGUCUGAACCCUAAACCAUCCCGCUUCGCCGCUCAGGACCAAGAAUCUCAGAUUUGGCUGAUUUUGCAUCAUGACGAGGGUUUACGUCGGGAAUUUGGACCCAAGGGUCACCGAAAGAGAACUCGAAGACGAAUUCAGAAUCUUCGGCGUUCUACGCAAUGUUUGGGUAGCUCGUAGGCCUCCUGGUUACGCUUUCCUCGAGUUCGAUGACGAGAGAGAUGCUUUGGAUGCAAUUAGGGCAUUGGAUCGAAAGAAUGGGUGGCGUGUGGAGCUUUCUCACAAAGAUAAAGGAGGUCGUGGAGGCGGUGGUGGCCGUCGUGGCGGUAUUGAGGAUUCUAAGUGCUAUGAGUGUGGUGAGCUUGGACAUUUUGCUCGGGAGUGUCGCCGUGGUCGAGGCUCUGUGAGGCGUAGAAGUCCUAGUCCUCGUCGUCGUAGGAGUCCAGAUUAUGGGUAUGGACGCAGGAGUAUAAGCCCGCGUGGAAGAAGAUCUCCUCCAAGGCGUCGCAGUGUUACUCCACCUCGCCGUGGGCGGAGCUACAGCAGAUCCCCUCCUUAUCGUGGUUCUCGCCGGGAUUCUCCUCGCCGCAGAGACUCACCCUAUGGUCGACGUUCGCCAUAUGCCAAUGGGGUGUGAAACUGGACCCUGAAGAGAAAGAAGAUAUUAAAACUUCUAUGCUAUGAUGCUAUAUCUGCUAUGUUUGGCCCUCUUUAGGAUAGUUCUACUAGGAUUGGUUGUUGAGCAUGGUAGACAUGUCAUUGAUGUGUUCGUGUUUUAUUAGACAAUUGGAUUUGGUGAAUUCUCCUUCAAGCUGUUUUCCAACAGCCGUCUUGACUUAUUCUCUUUAACACGCACUAGCGUUGAACGCGCUGGCUUGCUGUCUUCACUCAGCGUGCUUGAACCCCUACACUUGAGGUCGUUCUUUCGUAUCCAUAAAAUGUGUUUUGUGUCUUGUUGAAUGCACUUACCUUAUCAUAUAAUAUGUGUGACAUAUCUAAAAGGCUCAACUGUUUCCACUCUUUUUCCCUUGUGAGGUAUGAUUUAUCGGGUAAGAUACUGGGAUCUCUCCGCAGCUGCGCUGCAUCUUACUCUCCCCUCAACUUAGCUUUGCUAUGAAUCUGCAUCGUCAACUCGACCAUCAUCAGCUAGAUUUGCUUGUUACAUUGUGUGACUUUUAGAUUGCCCUGCUCUUUACUCACAACUCUUACCCCAAUCUGCAAACCAAGCUUCUAAGGAGAAAGACAAAGCUGUUUCUUCACCCCGCCCCUUCCUCUUCAUCUCCCUCGCUCUCAGCUGCUUUAUCACCCCUUGGGUUCUCUGCUCACUUUUGUUUUCGGUCAACUUUGCACACAUCUGUUGGUGGAUCACACACUUACAUUAAACCCUUUUGAGGAUGCUUCUUUUUGUAUUGCUUGUGAAAAUCUGUUAGCGUAGUCUUUUGUGAUCAUGAUUUAGUUUCCAACUUCUGCUUUUCUUUUCGAUAUAGUCAUACAUACUAAUGAGUCUUGACUUUUAA